AAUUCGAUGUGUGAUCUCCGCCAUUUUAUAAAGUAGCGUCAAUGGAGACAUUACAUCCGAGGUAGGAAGUUGUAUUUUUGAGAUAAUUUGAUCAUUUGUUUAGUGUAUGGUUUAGUGCAUACCGAAAAAAAGUCAUUUUAAGAAGUAGUCCGAAAGGAUGAAAGAACCUAAUUAAUAAUUUUGCUUUAUAUACAAAUGCGUUAAAAAUUGUAGGUUCUAGGAUUUUAUUCAAUAGAUUUUAACGUGCUGCGACAUGAUGUAUACGGAUAACCGGUUCAGCGAUAAGGAGAAAAAACUUCUCAGACAAAUGAAAUUCAAUCCUUGUUUGAAUCAACAGGUGGAUAUGACCAAAAUUAAUCUGGAGGUUAUUAAACCUUGGAUUUCGGAUAAGUUGACAGAAAUGCUUAAUGUGGAUGAUGAUGUGGUUAUUAAUUUCGUUUAUAAUCAACUCGACGAAAAGUUUCCAGAUCCGAAAAAAAUGCAGAUCAAUCUAACAGGGUUUUUGCAAAGUAAACACGCAAUGGAAUUCAUGGCAGAAUUAUGGGCGCUUCUUUUAUCUGCGCAAGAAAACGCCUCUGGAAUACCGGAAUCUCUUAUCAAUUUGAAAAGAGAAGAAUUAGCAAAAUUGAAGUUAAAGGAGGAAAAAGAUCAAGAAAAAGAACGAGAUAGGGAAAAGGCAGAUAAGGAUCGAAAAUAUCGUGACAGAUCGAGAUCCAGACGUACGAGAUCCCGAUCGAGAAAUCGCAAAAGUUCCAGAGACAGAGACCGUUCGGGUCGCAACAAGGAUAAGAAAUCCAAAAGUAGGGAUCGCAAGUCGCGUAGUCGAGACCGAAAAUCUCGCAGUUUGGACAAGAAAUCGAGAAGUAGGGAAAGAAAAUCGAGAAGUCGAGAUAGGAAAUCGAGAAGCAGAAGCGGCGAUCAAAUACCGAGAAAGAAAUCGACUAGUAGAUCAAGAGAGAGGAUACAAAAAUCUAGAAGUAGAGAUGGUUUAACUAGAAGCAGAUCUCCUUCGUUGAAUAAGGAAGAUACAUCGAGGAAAAACGGAAACGCCAGUCCAGAUGCUGUAAUGAACGGUAGAGACGAUUCCGAACCUUUAGACAAACAAUCUAGCAGCUCGACUACCACUCUUCCGGUAUCCAAACUACAAGCCAAGUUGAUGUCCCUAGCCGAAAACAAGAAAGUAUCCCGUUCGAGAUCGAGAACCAGGAGUAGAACCCGUUCGAAAUCACGCAGUCGACCGCCACGAUCGAAAUCGAGAUCUAAAUCCAGAUCGUCGAGUCGUUCUUUCAAAGGUAGAAGAUCAAGAUCGGCGUCGAAAGGUCCUAAAGAAAAAAGAAGAUCGAGAUCGAGUUCAGGAUCUAAAGAAAAUUUCGAAAUUAGGAAGAAGGAAGACAGCGUACAGAAGAAGAGACAUUAUAGAUCGAAUAAGGAUAGUUCCGAUAGCGAAGUUGACGCUAAAAGGAAAAGAUCCAGAUCUAAAUCUCCCAGGAGGAAGGACAGUCCAAGAAUUAAGAAGAGGAGUACGUCUAGGAGGCGGUCUGUUAGUAGACGAAGGAGUUUAUCCAGAAGACGAAGUCCUUCCCGAGGUAGAAGAAGUGCCAGUAGAGAUAGAAGAAGACGCAGUCCUUCGAGACGUAUAAGUCCCCGAAGGGCACCGGGACCUAGACGAAGUUACAGCCGUAGAAGUAGAAGUCGUCGUAGAGCUACAAGUAGACCAAGGAGAAAUAGUCCUAGAAGGCGAUCUAGAAGUCUCAGCAGAAACAGGUUCAGACGUAGUAGAAGUCGAAAUAGGAAUACCUAUCGAAGACCUUCUCCAUCGAGAGACAGAAGAUUGUCCAGGGACCGUGAUCGAAGAUCUCGAUCUAGGAAACGAUCUCGUGAUCGAACUAGCGUUAGAAGAAGAUCCCCACCUCGAGAACGAGACAGAUCAAGACCAGAAAGACCGAGUCCUAGUCCACAAAAGAGAGACGACAGAAGAAUGGAUAGUCGCAAUCAAAGACCUCAAAGAAAGGACGAAAGAGCCCCAGAACCGCCACCGAGAAAAGUAGAAGAAGCUAGAAGAAGAAUAGAAGAAGAGAUACACCGUCACGAGAAAAAAGAACGAGAAGAAGGUGAGAAGAGGAGAAAAGCAGAAGCUGCCGCAGCCGCCGCAGCAGAAGCCGCGAGAAUGAAAGAAAAGGAUCGAGAAAAGGAGAGGAAGAAAUCUAGAAGCGUCAGUCCCGAAGAGAAUUAUCCUAUACCGCCGCACGGACCGCCGAGGUAUUCCAGAAGUUUAUCAAGAACCCCAUCGCCUUUCAUCAAAGCACACGAAUUUCCACCGAAAACAGGUAAAGCUAUCAGCGGUAAAGAAGACAAGAAGAAAUCUCACAAAGAAAAAAUCGAAUUGAAGCCGAAGAAAAUCGUCAAGAAACCGCCCAAGAGUGAAACGGAAUCGUCCAGCGAAUCCGAUAGCGAAGAAGAAAUCAGAAAGGACAAGAGAAAAGUAAAAGUGAAGAAACGUUCCAAGAGAAGGGCGUCUAGUAGCAGCGAAAGCGAAGACGAACGCUCUUCUAGGGAAAUGGAAAUAAAAAAGAAGAAGGAUAAGAAGAGACGCGACAGCAGCGAAGAAAAAUCUUCAAAGAAACGCCACCAGAGUUCCGAUUCCGAAGAAGAUAAGAAAUUGAAGAAGAAACGUCGAUCGGCGAGCUCGGAAAAACCGAAGAAAUCAUCAAAGAAGGAUUCCAGCGAUAGCGACGUACCGAAAAAAAAGAAACGACAAGACAGCUCCGACGAUUCCGAUAAGGAAAGAUCAAAGAGACACAAGAAAGAAAAGGACAACAGUUCAUCGGACAGCGACGACGAUUCGACCAAAAAGAAGAAACACAAAAAAAAGGUAUCGAAAUCGGGAAGCGAUUCCGAAGACGAAAUAGAAAUUAAGAAAAAGAAGAGGGACAAGAAGCACAAGAAGAAGAAGAAGCAUUCUAAGAAACACAAAAAACACAAGAAGAAGAAACAGGACAGCGACGAUUCGGACAACAGCGAAUCCGAAGUCGUGAACGAAGAUGAGAAAAAGUUGAGGGAAAAAGCAUUGAAAUCGAUGAAGAGGCAAAAUUCUAGCGAUAAGUCUGAGCAGGUUGUUGGCUGAGGACUAUAUCGUCUGAGCACCUGCCACAUAUCCAGAACGUAUUGUCCAGCCGAUCCAAAUAUUCCCCCCGUUUAUUUUCAACGAAAAAAAACGGUUCCAGCUCCGAAUCAGGAAUCGAUAAUAAUCAACGGUAACGUAUGUAUUAUACAUUUUUACUCUACUGGUUAUUUAUUUAUUUAAUCAACAGGGAUUCCCCUAAAUUGUGUUUAUUUUAAAUAUAUUUAACACCCAACAGGAAUGGUCGAAAUCUUGCAGACAAGCAAAAAAAAAUUCCUUUCUAAAGCCGGCCACACACAGACCAAGUGACUCGAAUUUUUUUAUUUAAUCUUUGUUUGAGGUAGCAGAUUUUCUUUUUCAUCGUUUUUCCUUCAUAUUUCUUCUUUAUCAUUUGUCGUUUCUCUAAGUGACCUUUUUUUCCAGAAAUCAAUUUUUUAUAUAAUUUUUUCAACUGAUCGUGUGUGACCGCUCUAACUGUACCACAUCACUGUGGAUUUAACUUUUUUUCCCAGAAAUUAUUUUUUUUUAUAAAAUUUUCCUAAUUGUUAUAAUUGAACGUGUGUCGCACUGCACCAUAUUACAGUAGUUUCAACUGUUUUUCUCUCUUUGAAAUCACUUUUCCAUAAUUUUUUUUACUGAACGUGUAUGACCGACUUAGAUGAACCACUACACCGAGGCUACAACGUUUUUUCCAGAAAAAUCGAUGUUUGUACAAAAAUUUCUGUUUUUUGACUGGACUACUAAACGAUCGUGUGUGAUCAACCCAACUGUACUACAAAGUCAAGGCUUCAAUGUUAAUAUUAAAUAUCUCCUUAUAUAACUAAACGUGUGUGGGUUACCUUAACUGUACCACAUCGCCGAAGUUUCAACUUUUUUCCCCCACAAAUUAAUGUUUAUAUAAAAUUUUUACAGUUUUUCUAACUGAACGUGUGUGGCCAGCCUUAAGUAAGCCAGAAAACCACGGAUUCAACUUCGUUUUUCCUAUAAAUGAAUCAACGUGUGGUCCUAACUGUACCACAAAACCGUGGUUUUUUUCAACUGAACGUGUGUGGUUACCCUAACUGAACGACAUCCCAGAAAUCAUUUUUUUUUAUACAUCUCUUACGCCUCUCUGACUGAACGUAUGUGGAUAGACUAACUGUACCAGAAAACCGUGAAUUCAAUCUCGUUUUUUUCAAACAUUAUUUUUCUCAAAGUGACCAUACACUGAACGUGUGCUAUCACCCUAACUAUACGACAACACAAUUUUUCAAGUUUUUCUAACUUGACGUUUGUUACCGCUCUAUCUGUACUACAUCAUUAUGGAUUGAACUUUUUUUUAAUACAAAAAUCAAUAUUAACAUUAAAUUAUUCCUUUUUUGGGUGGAUUUAAGUUUUUCCCAGGAAUGAUAUUUUUAUCGAUAUUUUCAAAGUAAACGUGUGUGGUCUGCCUAACCAUACUUCAAAUUUCAACAAUGGUAAGUUUCUAACCUAAUUUUAUGUGCGUCUUAAAUAAGUCGCAUUAACAUCGAUAAUAAGAUGUUGGAAAAAUAAAAUCAUUUCAAAAAGUA